AUGUCGUGGAAGACAACUGAGAUGUUGAUGGAUACCAUCAAGCAUUACUCACAUUUCCCUGCCACUGGAGUGAGUUUGAGACAGAUGGUACAAUUCGGAGAGAGGCCAUCUACAGGUACACUUUUUCGGGCCUCACAAUUCCUUUCCGAAGAACUUCCCAUACGACUUGCGCAUCGAGUACAAGAGCUAUCAGACUUACCAGAUGGACUUAAUGAGAUGCCCUCGAUCAAGAGAGUUAAGGACUGGUAUGCACAGUCAUUCGAGGAAAUCACCACGCUGCCUCGACCACAAUUAUCAACCGAUGUCAAAGAAAAACUUAUGAAGCCUGCGAAGAUAAAUGGGAAGCCAUCCAAGAUCCUCGCAGAAGCUACGCAAAAUCCGAGCAUAAUGAGGGGGCAAUAUAGUUCGAACGGGAAUGGAAAAGAAACGAAGUCGGCAGCAACAAGGAGAUACUUUGCUACAGUAGAGGAUAGUACAGAUUGGCCUCCGGAGCUUCACGACUAUAAUCAAAGAUUCGCACAAACCCUCAACCAUAUAAAAAGGCGGCACGACGGAGUUGUCACAACCGUUGCGCAAGGAAUUCUCGAGUACAAGCGGAAACGACAACGCAUGCAAAUCGAUAACAACAUCCAAUCCUUUCUUGACCGUUUCUACAUGUCCCGUAUUGGCAUAAGAAUGCUUAUUGGACAACACAUAGCACUCACAGAUCAAAGUCACGACAAAGAUCCGAACUAUGUAGGUAUUAUAUGCACGAAAACCAAUGUCCGAGACCUUGCAGAAGAGGCAAUCGAAAAUGCAAGAUUUGUUUGCGAAGAUCACUACGGGCUUUUCGAUGCGCCAAAAAUCCAGCUCGUGUGCCCCCCAAACCUCAAUUUUAUGUAUGUACCCGGCCAUCUUUCACACAUGCUAUUCGAAACCCUCAAGAACUCCCUUCGCGCUGUCGUCGAAACACAUGGACAGGAUAAAUCAGAUUUUCCUGUGACAAAGGUUGUCGUUGCAGAAGGGAAAGAGGACAUUACUAUCAAAAUCUCGGAUGAAGGUGGCGGAAUACCUAGAAGUGCUAUACCUCUGGUCUGGACUUAUAUGUACACCACCGUGGACAGUACGCCUAGUCUAGAUCCGGAUUUCGACAAGAGUGAUUUCAAAGCACCGAUGGCAGGAUUUGGUUAUGGUCUCCCGAUCUCAAGAUUAUAUGCUAGAUAUUUUGGAGGAGAUUUGAAGUUGAUUAUCAUGAGGGAUACCUGGAAAUCGCAGUCCACUUCCGAUAUUGGCAGCGGGACGAGAAGGGGAGACGGCAUAUCCCGAGGAUUGACGCUGGGUCUAUCACAUAAACAGAUGCAUCUAAAAUUAGGCAAAGGAAAAGCGGGAAUGGGAAUGAGAGAGGUUUCCGAGCGGAAACAGGUGGGCGAUGCGGAAAGUAUGGUUAAUGAGGGGAGAGGGGGAAGUGGCAUGGAAGGGGUUUUUAUGGGGGAAGGGGGUGAGAUUUAG